AUGGUGCUAUCUUCAUCGGUGCGAAUGGUCGAUGAGAUGAACUGUCGCCCGGAGGUGUCGAACGAAUUGCGAAGCAGCGUCGUUGAACGCAUCAAUUUCUAUCGUCAAAUGCUGGCCUUCGGAAUGGCGCCGAACAGAGAGGGCUGGUUGCCUGGUGCAAAAAACAUGUACCGGAUCUGGUACGACUGCUCGCUCGAGGACCGCGCCUACCAAUUCACCUCCACAUGCGGAAAUGGCGGAGCGUGGCCCUCGAAUGCUGUGGCUGUUUCCGGAAUGUCCUCCGCUCCAAUUCCUGCUUCGUCAGCUCCAGGAUCUCUCCUCACUCUGAUGAACGGUCACAUCAAGUUGGCACAGACCAACGGACUUGCAGCUGAUGUUAAAGUUACCGCUGCUGUUGCCAAUUGGGCUCAUUACGCAACCGGCAGCCGUACCCGUGUCGGCUGCUCCUACCGGAUGGAUUGUAACACCACCAGCCCGUCAUUCCCGUACGGAUACUACCUGGCUUGUGUGUUUGAUACCAGUGCCGCCGCCACCGGAGAUGCAGCUUACCAGGUCGGCGACAAGUGCGUCAUCGACUCGGAUUGUACCUCGUUCGUCGGAAGUACUUGCGAUGCGGCCACUGGACUAUGCCAGUACAAGUAUACUGACUCCGGUGCCAACACCCAAUGCCCCGGCACCCCAGCCAGCCUCACCGAUGCUCAGCGAAACCUCGUCCUCCAAUGGCACAACCAGCUGAGAUCGAGCCUCGCUAAAGGCAACGAGCCCGAUGGAGCUGGAGGAAACGCCCCGCCUGCGAAGAGGAUGACCAAAAUGACCUACAGCUGCGUAGCCGAGAAGACAGCCCAUGAAUGGGGAGCCCAGUGCAACUAUGAUCAUUCCACCAACAGGAACAAUACUGGGGAGAACUUGUACAUGAGCAGUGAUAACGUUCAGGAUCCGGCUGCUGCUCUUACUGCGGCCUCUCAACUAUGGUGGAAGGAACUGGUGCAGUACGGAGUCGGUCCUGACGUCAACCUUACAGAUGCCGUCUGGGAAAGAGGUGUUGGGCAUUAUACGCAGAUGGCUUGGCAGGAAACGACUCAAGUGGGUUGCGGAUGGAUUCAUUGCCCUACGUUUACCUACGUCGUCUGCCAGUACAAACCUGCCGGCAACUACAUGUACAAACUGAUCUACGAACCCGGAUCGGCAUGCCAGACCAAUGCGGACUGCGGAAGCGGUCGGACCUGUAUUGUCGCGGAGGGCUUAUGCCAAGUC